AUGUUCCCAAGAUCAGAUAGAAACGUGGACGCUCUCACCGGUGAUAUGAGUCAAUUAAGCUUCGACAGUUCCACUAACAACAUAAUAUCGUCAGCAAACAAACUUAACUACAACGUACAUUCUUCUCCUACAAGAUACAAAGAAAACAGAUACGGAGCCAAUACGCCCACGCCAUCUCCAACCAAGUCUACUGUAUUUGGAGGUGACGAUACAUCAAGAAUGGAUGUAGACGAUUCAAUUUCUCAUGAUAUUGACAUUGUCCAUUCUCCUAAAAAGCUUCCACCUGGAUUUGAUAAGAAAGCUUCUUCUAAUAAGACUCAAAGACUAGUUAGUGUCUGUAAAAUGUAUUUUUUGGAUUAUUAUUGUGAUAUGUUUGAUUAUGUAAUCAGUAGGAGACAACGUACCAAAAAAGUUUUGGAAUACUUAGAACAACAGAAGCAAACUCAAAAUAUGCCAACAGAAACUCUGAACAAUGAAUGGUAUGGAUAUCUUCAAAAAGAACAUGAAGUUUUAAGAAAAAGAAGAUUAAAACCAAAACACAAAGAUUUUGAGAUGAUCACACAAGUUGGUCAAGGUGGUUACGGUCAAGUUUAUUUAGCUAGAAAGAGAGACACUAAAGAAGUCUGUGCUUUAAAGAUUCUGAACAAAAAAUUAUUGUUCAAAUUAAAUGAAACCAAUCAUGUUUUAACAGAGAGAGAUAUCUUGACUACAACUAGAUCCGAAUGGUUAGUUAAACUAUUAUAUGCAUUCCAAGAUCCAGAAAGCUUAUUUUUAGCAAUGGAAUUUGUACCAGGUGGUGAUUUCCGUACAUUGUUAAUUAAUACAAGGUUCUUAAAGAGUGCGCAUGCUAGAUUCUAUAUCAGUGAAAUGUUUUGUGCUGUAAAUGCUCUUCAUGAAUUAGGUUAUACACAUAGAGAUUUGAAACCAGAAAAUUUCCUAAUUGACGCCAAGGGUCAUAUCAAGCUAACUGAUUUUGGCUUGGCUGCUGGUACUGUUUCAAAUGAAAGAAUCGAAAGUAUGAAGUUGAGACUGGAAGAAGUGAAGAAUUUGGAAUUCCCUGAAUUCAAAGAAAAAUCUAUUGAAGAUAGAAGAAAAAUCUACCACAACUUGAGGGAUACAGAUAUAAGUUAUGCCAACUCUAUGGUCGGUUCCCCGGAUUAUAUGGCGUUAGAAGUUUUAGAAGGUAAGAAAUAUGAUUUUACUGUCGAUUACUGGUCCCUAGGUUGUAUACUAUUUGAAAGUUUAGUUAGUUAUACACCAUUCAGUGGUUCUUCAACGAAUGAAACAUACGAAAAUCUAAGACAUUGGAAACAGACACUAAGGAGACCAAGAUUGGAAAACGGCAGAGCCGCAUUUUCUGAUCGUACUUGGGAUUUAAUAACAAGGCUGAUUGCAGAUCCAAUAAGUAGAUUAAGAUCAUUUGAACAUGUAAAGAGAAUGGCAUACUUCUCCGAUAUAAAUUUUGACUCAUUAAGAUCAAUGUCACCACCAUUUAUCCCUCAGUUAGAUAGUGAAACUGACGCAGGCUACUUUGACGAUUUCACCAAUGAAGCAGAUAUGGCUAAAUAUGCAGAUGUGUUUAAGAGACAAAACAAACUAUCAGCCAUGGUUGAUGACAGUGCUGUUGACUCAAAAUUGGUUGGUUUUACAUUUAGACACAGAAAUGGUAAGCAAGGUUCAAGUGGUAUACUAUAUAAUGGGUCAGAAAAUUCCGAUCCAUUUGCCACAUUUUACUGA